AUGGCUCAAGCAGACAUCGCCCUCAUUGGACUGGCCGUCAUGGGUCAGAACCUGGUGCUGAAUAUGAACGAUCAUGGUUUUGUGGUUUGUGCCUUUAACCGGACUGUCUCCAAAGUGGACAGUUUCCUGGCCAACGAGGCAAAGGGCACUCAGGUGGUCGGUGCCCACUCCUUGCAGGAGAUGGUGUCCAAGCUGAAGAAACCCCGGCGAGUCAUGAUGCUGGUGAAGGCAGGCCAGGCAGUCGACGACUUCAUAAACCAGCUGAUCCCGUUGCUGGAGCCUGGAGACAUCAUCAUUGAUGGAGGGAAUUCGGAGUAUCGCGACAGUACAAGGCGCUGCAAAGAUCUGAAGGCCAGAGGAAUCCUGUUUGUAGGAAGUGGAGUGAGCGGCGGUGAGGACGGUGCCCGCUAUGGUCCUUCCCUCAUGCCUGGAGGAGACCCGGCGGCAUGGCCACAUAUCAAACCCAUCUUCCAAAGCAUUGCUGCCCAGGUAGAGGGUGAACCAUGCUGUGACUGGGUCGGUGAGGAAGGCGCGGGCCACUUCGUGAAGAUGGUCCACAAUGGGAUUGAGUAUGGAGACAUGCAGCUUAUCUGCGAGGCCUACCACCUGAUGAAGGAUGUGUUGUGCAUGGAACAGGACGAGAUGGCAAAGGCCUUUGAAGACUGGAAUAAGACUGAGCUCGAUUCAUUCCUCAUCGAGAUUACAGCCGACAUCUUGAAGUUCAGGGAUACUGACAGCAAACACUUGCUGCCAAAAAUCCGCGACACAGCCGGACAAAAAGGCACUGGCAAGUGGACCGCCAUCUCUGCCCUGGAAUUCGGCAUUCCCGUUACACUGAUAGGUGAGGCUGUGUUCGCUCGAUGUCUAUCUUCCUUGAAGGAAGAGCGCAUUGUGGCCAGCAAGCAACUGAAGGGACCAAAACAGACCAAGUUCAGUGGGGACAAAAAGGCUUUCCUGGAGGACAUCCGCAAGGCUCUCUACGCCUCCAAGAUCAUCUCGUAUGCACAAGGGUUCAUCCUUUUUCGGCAGGCGGCCCAGGAAUAUGGCUGGACUCUGAACUAUGGUGGCAUUGCCAUGAUGUGGCGGGGAGGGUGCAUCAUCAGGAGUGUUUUCCUUGGCAAGAUCAAAGAGGCCUUUGAGGGAAAUCCAAACCUCCAGAACUUGCUGCUGGAUGACUUCUUUAAGAAGGAAAUUGAUAACUGCCAGGACUCCUGGCGCCGUGUGGUCAGCACUGGGGUACAAAUCGGUAUCCCUAUGCCCUGUUUCACCACAGCCCUCUCCUUCUACGACGGUUACAGGCACGAGAUGCUCCCUGCCAACCUGAUCCAGGCUCAGCGGGAUUAUUUCGGUGCUCACACGUAUGAACUACUCGCCAAACCAGGGCAGUUUAUCCACACCAACUGGACCGGCCAUGGCGGGAAAGUCUCGUCGUCCUCCUACAACGCCUAA